CUCCACCCUCCUUUCGCCCACAAAACACGCCCGAUUCGUGCACAUUUGCAAUGAAGUUCUUCACCGGUCUCGUCGCUGCCGCCGCCAUUGCCCAGGGCGCGUUUGCCCACAUGGGCGUCAUUGCUCCUAAGCCGCGCUCAGGCGUCGUUGCCGACGAGCUGCUUGCCCCGUGCGGCGGCGGCAACACGCUCACCAAGAACGUCACAACCGCUGCUGUCGGCUCCAAAACGCUCUUCUCGCUCAAGCCCGGUCACGGAAGCGGCAAUCUCAUCUUCAGCUACUUCACCGACCUCACCGUCACCAACGACACCAAGGCCACGCACCUCCUGGAUGUCCAGGUCCCCCAGCCCGGAAUCUACAACACCACCAUUGACUUUGCUCAGCACAACCUCAAGGCCGGCCAGAACAUCGUCGUCCAGGCCGUCUACAACUGCACGGACGAUGGCAACAACGAAAAGUUCUACGUCUGCUUCGAUGUGUCGGUCGCUGACUCCGCCAGUGCGUCGUCUGCAGCCGAAUCUUCGAGUGAGGGCGGUGCGGAGAGCGGCUUGGACAAGUCGACGGCAGCCCCGGCGAAAUCCAGCACUGGCUCAGCUAGCACUCUCAAGAUUGCCCUUGGCUCGGCAGUCGCCAUGCUGCUUGCCGCUGCUUUCUAAGUUAAAUAGCCACCUUUUGUCGAUUUUUCUUUUUUCAUUUCUCAUAAUUUUUCCUCAAUGC